AAUCACAAAUGACUUAAUAUUAUCUUUACUUUAUAUAACUUUUUUAUGGUCCAUUGAAGCUUAUUAAUUUCCUUUUCCCUCAAAUUUGUAGCAAAUUCACUACUAAUACACCCCCACCAAACCAAUCUUUUUCUUCCUUUCUGUCACUAUCAAAGUCGUAACAUAUUCCACACCUUUAACUUUAAUAUCUAAACAUCAAAAUCUCCUCUCCCAUGGAAGAAAACCAAAUCACUCCAACCAACAACACCAUCUCCCUCCUGAACACAAACUCCAAAUGAACAACAAACCAAUUUCACCUUCUCCUUACAGCACAAGCUCCUCCAAACGUGCUUUUGCCACAUUCAUAACCAUCUUUCUCAUACUUAUCGGCAUCACACUACUUGUCCUCUGGCUUGUCUACCGUCCACACAAACCUCACUUCACCGUCGUCGGUGUCGCCGUCUACGGCCUCAACACAACCUCACCACCUCUCCUCUCCGCCACCUUGCAGUUCAACGUCCUCAUCAAGAACCCAAACAAACGUGUCUCAGUUUACUAUGACAGAUUCUCAGCUUUUGUUUCCUACAGAAACCAAGCCAUAACACCACAGAUCAUGCUACCACCGUUAUUCCUAGAAAAACACAGUCAGGUUUCAUUGUCACCUGUGCUCGGAGGGACCGCAGUCCCGGUGUCGGUAGAGAUAUCAAAUGGUUUGAUGAUGGAUGAAGGUUAUGGAGUAGUGGGUCUGAAACUGGUGCUUCUUGGAAGGUUGAGAUGGAAAGCUGGUGCAAUAAGAACAGCACAUUAUGGUUUCUAUGGAAAGUGUGAUGUUUUGAUUGCUCUGAAGAAAGGUUUUGUCGGUCAGGUUCCACUGCUUGGUACUCCACCUUGCUACAUCGACAUAUGAAACUAAGCUAUGUACAAAAACAUAGUUUCAAGUGUAAUAAAAUGCAAUAUGUUAUUACUUUAAUGUUGUUCCAUUUAAUUAGCAUAUCUAUAAUGUAAGAGUUUGAAUUUUUUGGGCUUGUUUAUGAAAUCAGUGCAUGUUUUAGACUA